AUGAUAUCAGAGGUACAGAAAGUGUCAUUGGAGUUGGAAAAGAAAUUAGAAGAUUCAGUACAAAAGUGUCAAGCGAUUUCUUCUGAACUGAAGGAAGAGAAGAUCUCAGUCAGCACUGAGGAGUACUCAUUGAUGAAGUUAGCUGUUUCAUCAAUGGAAACUGAAUUAGCAGAUCUAAAAGCUGAAAGAACAACUUUAGUUCAGACUAUGUCAGAAUUAGAAAAUGCUAGAAUCUGCCUUUCUUCUCGCCUUGAUGAGGAGAGAGACAUGUCAAAGAAAGACUUAUCGAUUUUAAUGUCAUCAGUUGUAGAGCUAAAAAAUGAUAUUGAAUAUUUUCAAGUGGAAAAAAAUCAUUUAAAUGAAACCAUCAAUGAGUUAAAGAUGAAAAACACUGGGUUAGAAGAAGAUAGAAAAGCCUUGUCUUGCCAGCUGGAAGAAAAGGCAGAGAGACAUGUAGCAGAAUUAUUGGAAGAAAAAGUCAAGACUAAAUGAUAUUAUUGCUGUUUUGCAGACAGAGUCUUUAGCAUUGAAAAACCAAUUAACUAAUUCUGUUCAAGAAUGUCAAGUUCUUUCAACACAACUGAAUGAAAAAAAUGUGAAAUAUUUAGAAAUGAAGUCAACCAUCUCAA